CGUUUAAGCUACUUUGAGCUUAACCUAGCUUUGGUUUAACCUUAAAUUUUGACGAAUUUUUUCAAAUAAAUACUUUUUUUUAGUACUUAGUCACAUUUGGGAGUCACUUUGUGUACACAAUGUCCGUUCUAAGAAUUUUGAACCCAAGUGAAACCUUCAGAACUGUCUUGAGACUGCAGAACAGAGCUCUAUCACUGUGCCCCAAACUGCAGAUUAAACAAAUUGAGGAGGUGCAAACUGGUAAUAAUAUAACAAUCAGUGCCCAAAUUUUGCCCUCUGGGCGCGAACCCUUCCUUUUGCAAAACGCACACUCUUCGUGUUGCCCUGUUUGUGCCUCCGGUUUGGACAUAAAACACACUGAUGUUUUAAUAUUGAGCCAAUUCGUCCGUUCUGACGGGUGCAUGUUACCGCGAAGAGUAACCGGUUUAUGUAAGAAACAACAAAAACGGAUGUCAUCUCUUGUUACAAUGGCACACAAAGCUGGGCUUAUGCCAAAUCUGAAGCCAAGCAACAGUCGCAAGGACCCAAAGAAAAGGCCAUUGUGGAAGAAGUUUAACAAAUAUUUUGAUGAAUCAACAAUUAAGUGUUAAGGAAAUAUAGUGCCGUUAAAUGAAUCUUUAUUAAAUGUGUAAUGAGUACAAA